AUGGUGCCCGACAUGGUGAGGCUCGGGCCUCGAGGCGACCAUGUAUGUGGACUCGGCGCCCAUGCUAACCUGCUCAUAGUAAACGAUUUUCGAACAGUGCGAGUUGCCGAGGUUCUCUCGGACUUCCAGAGCAUACAGUACUUCAUUGCGGCCGCACCUGUGGACCCACCGAAUAUGAACGACUACUACACCGAAGGGUGGGCUGCCCUACGGCAAUGUAACCUCGAUGGCCAGCGGAUUUUGAAUUGUGGUGCGGAUACGAGCGUUCCUGAAACGAGUGGUGGGCCCGACGAGCAGGCAAAGGCCGAGUUGAAACAAGUUCUCCUCGAUGCGUUCGCACGCCGACACGAGGCACAGAAGAUAUAUCUCCGCCAAGCUGCUGCGCAGCGGUGGAUCGAGUACCGGGAACUUAGUCUCAAGGCACACUCUGGGAGCCAGUCCCAACUGAGACGGUGCGACCAACAGCUCAGAGCAGAGCUCCAAAUGAUCACAGACGAGGCUAUCUACGCCGAGCUGCAAUCAUCUGACAUUAACACUGGUCUGCUGCCCAGCGACAUGAUCCGCCCGUUGCUCGACAACACGCGGUCGUCACGGCAUAAGUUUAUCCUUGGAAACGCGAUCUACUACAGGCUUAAAGCUCUGGGGCGAAAGCACAGGAGGAAGAUCACCGCCACGCUUCUGGACCAGUCGCCGUCCAGGGGCCAACUUCUCCACAUACUGGACAAUGAUGCAGUCUUUCGAACCCGGGUAGAGAAAGCCAGGGCAGUGUACGAGGCAUACCUCCGUCAGCGCCGAGAUGAAACGGCGUUGGUGGAAGAGGCGCAAAUGGCGCCUCCCACAACGCCUGACCAGCCACAGAGCAACCAGGACGUGCCCAAUCAAGCACGUACCCAGAUUCAGACCCAGUACCAGUCGCAGCCCAUGGUUCGGACUCACACUCACCGAAACCCCAGACAAAGUGCCAGGGGCCUUGGCCGUGGUGAGGCUCAAACUACCACAGUUGUCAACGGUGUCCCCAUCCGCCCACCGCCCUCCCACGCCCAACCCCAGCCCCAGCUCCAGCCCCGACAGAAUGUUGUGGUCAAUGCCCACAACCGCGUUCCCCGCCCUGCUGCAAAUGGGGGUCGCGGACUGCUACUCGAGUUCGAGUACCAAAACGGCUGGUUGAUCUGCAGGAACCUUGAGACCCAUGAACAUUUCGUGGUACACGAGAGGACCAUAGUGAUGAUACUCGAAAUCAUGGCCUUCCUGGCCAGUGGGAGGCAGGUCCUCUGGGUUUCUCGUCUGCUGUGCUGCAUCAUCAUCCUGUUCUCAUACCGCAUGGCUACGAGGAGAGGUUGA